AUGCAGUUGGAGAACGUCAACCACGGGAAUCUCCACUCCUUCCAGGGCCACCGCGGCGGCGUGGCCAACAAGCCCAACGUCAUCCUCCAGAUAGGGAAGUGCAGGGCCGAGAUGCUGGACCACGUCAGGAGGACCCACCGGCACCUCCUGACCGAGGUCUCCAAGCAGGUGGAGCGCGAGCUGAAGGGCCUGCAGAAGUCGGUGGGGAAGCUCGAGAACAACCUCGAGGACCACGUCCCCUCGGCGGUUGAGAACCAGAGGUGGAAGAAGUCCAUCAAGGCCUGCCUGUCUAGGUGCCAGGAGACCAUUGCUCACUUGGAGAGGUGGGUCAAGAGGGAGAUGAAUGUCUGGAAGGAAGUGUUUUUCCGCCUGGAGAGAUGGGCUGACCGGCUGGAGUCCGGAGGGGGGAAAUACUGCCAUGGGGAUAACCACAGGCAAACGGUCUCUGUCGGGGUCGGAGGCCCAGAAGUCAGGCCUAGCGAAGGGGAGAUCUAUGAUUAUGCGCUGGACAUGAGUCAGAUGUAUGCCCUGACUCCUCCCUCGCCGGGAGAUGUCCCUGUUGUGUCUCAGCCCCACGACUCCUACCAGUGGGUCACUGUCCCGGAGGAUACCCCACCCUCCCCGGUGGAGACCCAGAUCUUUGAGGACCCAAGAGAGUUCCUGACUCACUUGGAGGACUAUUUGAAGCAGGUGGGUGGGACCGAGGAGUACUGGCUCUCUCAGAUCCAGAACCACAUGAACGGCCCGGCCAAGAAGUGGUGGGAGUACAAGCAGGACUCUGUCAAGAACUGGCUGGAGUUCAAGAAAGAGUUCCUGCAGUAUAGCGAGGGCACCUUGACCCGGGACGCCAUCAAGGAGGAGCUGGAUCUCCCCCAGAAAGACGGGGAGCCCUUAGACCAGUUCCUCUGGCGGAAGAGGGAUCUGUACCAGACCCUCUACGUUGAGGCCGAUGAGGAGGAAGUCAUCCAGUAUGUCGUGGGCACGCUCCAGCCCAAGCUGAAGCGCUUCCUCAGCCACCCUUACCCCAAAACUUUAGAACAGCUGAUCCAGAGAGGCAAGGAAGUUGAGGGCAACUUAGAUAACUCUGAGGAGCCCACCCCACAGAGGACUCCCGAGCACCAGCUAUGCGGCUCGGUCGAGAGCUUGCCCCCUUCCUCGACCGUUAGCCCCGUGGCGAGCGAUGGGACCCAGCCCGAAACGUCUCCUCUGCCGGCCACCGUGAUCUGA